AUGAAUGCGGAUCAUAGAUGUCUCUUGUGUAGACGGCAACGCAGGAGGUGCGAUGGUCGUAACUGCGAGUUUGGGCAGUACUUUCCUGGCCAUAUGCCAGAUGAAUUCGAGAAUGCUUACAGGCUCUUUGGCCUUAACAACUUGCUGAAUAUUAUGCGUUCUGUGGAACCACAUCAAAGACAAGCUGCUGCGGAUUCCAUACUUGCAGAGGGUACAUCAUGGAGAAAUGACCCUGUUCAUGGCUCUCUUGGUUAUGAGUUGAAUCUCAGGUCCCAAAUAAUAUCAUCUUUGAGAGAGCUAGAAGCUGUGAACCAACUUCUUGCAUUUUUCAGAGAUCAAGCCACCAAAGCAAACCCACCAACUAUGCAAAUCCCUCCUCACACUCACAGGAUAUCAUUACCUAAUCAACCUCAGACUGCUGGACACGUGGCUGGCAUCGACCGCGUGCAACCUUACAAGCGGGAGAGUUUUCAUAGUUCCCAUGAAAAGGGAGAAUCAAGCAGCACUGUUGCAUCCAAGGAAAAAAUGAUUGUUGAAGAAAAAGAGUCGGAGGCACAUGACAAGGGGAAACGAAUUAUUGUUGAUGAUGAUCGGCAACUAAAAGAGGCUGCUGAAAAGGGGGAAAACAUUACUUCUGAGGAAGAUAAAGAAGCACAAAACUAG